CCCGCAGGCUGACAUGAGAAAAAUAAUGUUUUCGAGUAGCGCAAUUUGCAUCCUCUUCGGUUCUUCUACAGGAGCGCUUCGGUUUGGACCCAAUACACCUACCACCCUCUCUCACGUACUGACUUUGAACUGGCUCCUCCCAUACGGGUUAAAUGCCGCUCAUUUAUUCAAUUUAAUUCAGUCAUUAUAGAGGAACUGUAGAGUUGAUCAACUUUAUUGUAGUAAAUAUUUCCAAGAAUUGUAAUCUGUUCAUUCCCGGAGCCACAGUUAUGAAGACAAUACUUGCUGCCUACCCCGGUGUCCUAAAAGGCACCGGCUGCAGCAUCCUCUCCGCCCUGCAGGACCUACCCUCCGCUCCUUGGCCUGUACUCCGAUCCAAGAUGGAGAAACACCUUCAGGUCAUCUCAGUUCUGCAGUGGGUAAUCAGCUUCCUCGCCAUGGGUGCCGCCGGCACUGUGCUCUUAAUCUACAUGUUCUGCACAGACCUCUGGGUGAUCGCUGCCAUGUACACUGCCUGGCUUAUCUUCGACUGGAACACCCCCAAACAAGGUGGCAGGAGGUCCUCUUGGGUGAGGAACUGGACCAUGUGGACUUACUUCAGAGACUACUUCCCCAUCAGGCUCAUCAAGACACACAACCUGCUGCCAAGCCGAAACUAUAUCUUUGGCUACCACCCCCAUGGGAUCUUCUCUUUUGGAGCCUUCUGUAACUUCGGAACAGAGGCCACCGGCUUCUCUAAGAAGUUCCCGGGCAUCAAGCCUUCCCUGGCCACCCUGGCUGGAAACUUCCGGAUGCCAGUCUUUAGAGACUAUCUCAUGUCUGGAGGUAUCUGCCCAGUGAACCGUAACUCCAUUGACUACCUCCUCUCUCAGAAUGGAACUGGCAAUGCAGUGGUCAUUGUUGUCGGGGGAGCAGCUGAAUCUUUGAACUGUGCUCCAGGAAAGAAUUCUGUCACCCUGAAUAACCGCAAGGGCUUUGUGAGGUUGGCCCUCCAGCAAGGGUCUGACCUGGUACCAGUCUACUCCUUUGGGGAGAACGAUGUAUACAAACAGGUGAUCUUCGAGGAGAGAACCUGGUGGCGGCUGGCUCAAAAGCGACUGCAGAAGAUUAUUGGUUUUGCACCCUGUCUGUUCCAUGGCUGUGGCUUCUUCUCCUCCGAUUCCUGGGGAAUGGUGCCUUACAACAAACCCAUCACCACCAUCGUGGGUGAACCGAUCACAGUGCCAAAGAUUGAGCAGCCUCCUCGGGAUAUGGUGGAUCUGUACCAUGCCAUGUACAUCAAUUCCCUCACCAGCCUCUUUGACAAGUAUAAGACCCGCUUCGGCCUGAAGGAGAGUGACAUCCUGCACAUCCAUUGAGAAAGGGUCAGCUGUGGCAGCUGUCUGUUCAGCCCUGCCCCUCCAUUCACUUGCCUGGCUCUGAUUGAUUGUCUAUGGAAUUCAAUCUAUAUACAUUAAGCUGUGUGUAUAUAAACCUACCGCGCUCUCAGCAACACUCACGUUGGUCCUCCACUCAGGAUGAAAAUGGCAGGUCUUAGGUCACCUUACUAUUCUCUCUGACCUAGUCACUGUCAAUGGCAAAGUUGACUAACUUCCAUUUAUUGAAUAUUUUAUUGAGUGUAUGACACAUCUAUAGAUGUGUUCCAUGACAGAAAAGAUGAGGGAGUAUAGUUAAGGUAUGAUCCCUUGCUUUAACCUCCCACUAGGUGGCACUAGAAGGUUACACAAGACACACACAAGCACCAUCUUUGUUUCCUCCAUGCAUCCAUGUCAUUUUCACUUAGAAUAGGCCUGUACAACGAAUGUGUUAAGUGCCCCGAAAGGUAAAUAUAGGAUGAUGUUUUGAGACCUUACUUUUUGUUGUUGUUGCUAAAUGCACAAACAAUGCAAUUGUAAGGAUGUUGCCUUAGUGAGAUGUUGAUAGUGUGGUUUAUUGAGCCAAAGAGCUGAUGGGUGUCCCCUCCCCACACAUGCACACUUCAUUGAAACUUGAAAGUGAAGGAAUUCUAUUGAAUGGAUUUAGAUUGUGCAUAUUGGUAAUACAAUCUGAUUGUGUGAUGGAACUAAGUAUUAAUUGUAUUUUGUAAAUAAGAACAUUUUCAAUGAAAAUUAAUAUAUUGAUGCACUUUUUGUAUUUGUGACAACCCUCUGAGGUAUUUCUCUAAAACAUGCCUUUGAAAGAGUCCUAUGUCAAAUUUGCCAAUUUCUAAGAGAAUCACUAUGGUGCUUUUGUCAUUUAACCUUGACCUGUGUUUUAGUUUUGUUGUACAUUUCUCCACAUGAGUGUGUUGACUGGGUUGCAGAGUGUUACCUAGUGCAUUGAGGCCCCAUGUUUUAUUUACCUUUAUUUUACUAGGCAAGUCAGUUAAGAACAAAUUCUUAUUUUCAAUGACAGCCUAGGAACAGUGGGUUAACUGCCUGUUCAGGGGCAGAACGACAGAUUAGUACCUUGUCAGCUCGGGGAUUUGAACUUGCAACCUUUCGGUUACUAGUCCAACGCUCUAACCACUAGGCUACCCUGCCGCCCCAUACUGUAGUGAUGGUGAUGUAAGAACAAUUUCAGGGUGAAGAACAUUUCUUCCUCUACCCAGAGGGCAGAUUACUGAUUAAUGAAAUUAAGAGAUUACAAAGCAUAUGCCUUAUUUAAAAAACAAACUACAACUCAAACUUCUUAGGGGGCUUCCACUCAAUUGAGUAAAAUGGCAAAGGGGUUGCUAUCACAGAUUUGAAUUAGAGUAUAAAAGUCACAAACUCCCCCAGUAAUUACCAAGAAGUGUUUGAGAUAAAUCAUUUUUUCAUAUGGGGCAUAUCAAGUCCAUUAUCCAGCCAAUGAUCCUAGGUGAAGAAAUGUAUGUAUGUUGUAUAUUAUGCAAGAUAAAAAGACUACAAGAUUUCACUUCAUGGCAAAAUAAUUGAGAUUAGUGAUAGUGUGUCAUUCAAAACUUAAUUUCUUCUAGAUUCAUCGUGGACUUUUUGCAAAGAGCAGUGAACAUCCUCUCCUAAUUCAUGUGCAAUAAAUACAGCAAUAAAUAGCAGCCUAUGCAUGUU